GUCAAGUUCCUGUCAAAAUCCUACGUCAAAAAAAAUCAUUGUCAUUUUUAUCUAAAAAAAAUAAAAUAUUUAUUGAUAAAAUACCUCAUACCCAUUAUUCUUCCAAAUAAUGAUUCACAACGUAUUUGAAUAAGCCAAAAACGAAGUUUGAAACUUCUUUUAUUUGACAUACUAGUUUCGAGAAUCCGCCAACACGGCAGAAUAUGGGGCUGUUUGGAAACACAACUGAUGGUUCUAUAACUGAAGAAGUCGAGAGUGCCACCAGUGAUAAACUUGUAGAAGAAAAGUGGGAUAUGAUAAUGAAUAUCUGUGAUAAAGCAGGCAAAUCAAGUGAUGAUGCUAAAGCAUGGCUGCGAGCCAUUACGAAGCGUCUGUACAACUCUGAUCCCCAUGUGGGACUAAAAGCAGUUACUCUCCUAGAUGCUUGUGUUAAGAAUUCGGGCAGGUCAUUCCACAUGGAAGUCGCUUCGCGGGAAUUUGAGACGGACUUUCACAAGUUGAUGGUUAAGGCCCAUCCGCAAGUAGCCAAAAAACUUAGGGAGUCAUUAAAAAGGUGGGCUGAGAACGAGUUUAAAAAUGACAGCCAGCUCAGUCUUAUACCCUCAUUAUAUCAUAAACUUAGGUCCACAUAUGAUUUUACCUCCUCAGAUACAUCAGCUAAGAAAGCAACACCGAAAUCUAAUGAUCCGAAUGUAGUAGAAUCUCAGGAGGAGGAAGAGCAGAUUCUGAAAGCCAUUGAAUUGUCAUUAAAAGAAACUUCCGGUAAAUUAUUAAGCGGUUUUAAAAGUGACUUAAUUGUAAAACAUACUAAUUUAGGUUCACCAAAGACAACUGCAGCUUCUACUACUGCACCUUCGUCAUCCCUUUAUCCCUCUGUCAACAAUAUGUCGGCCCUCACUGGGGCCAUCACCGCCCCCGUUAAAGAGCCGAGAAAAGUUAGGGCUUUAUACGAUUUUGAGGCUGCAGAAGAUAACGAGCUCACUUUCGCUUCUGGGGAACUAAUCAUGGUUUUGGAUGAUUCAGAUCCAAACUGGUGGAAGGGUAGCAACCAAAGAGGAGAAGGUUUGUUCCCGGCCAAUUUUGUCACCGCAGAUCUAUCUGUUGAACCGGAAAAGUUUCUGUUUGAAAAGGCCAAAAAAAUGGUCCAGUUCAAAGAGGAAGUCAAGGUGGUGGAAAAGGAACCCGAAGAAAUUGAAAUAAAUGAGGGUAAAAUCGAUCGGUUGCUACACUUACUGCAUGAAGCGGAUCCGACUAAUCCAGAAACUGACACUGACGAGUUACUAAGCUUAGAAAGAGAAGUGAACGCUAUGGGGCCUUUAAUAGACGCGGAAUUGGAACGGGUGGAUAGGAAACACGCCCAAUUAACUCAGUUGAGUGCCGACCUAGUGGAGGCUUUAGGACUUUAUCAUACUUUAAUGCGAGAACCACAAAUGCCGACAUUAGGAAAGGACGGAUAUCAGCCGAAUUAUGGAUAUGCUCCCCCAAACUCUAGUGGAAUGUAUAAUGGUCCCGUUCCACCGGGCAUGCCCAACAACCACCCGAUGAAUUAUCAAAUGAUGCCAAAUCUACCGCAAAGCGGGCAAGAUCGCCUGAUUUACCAUCCUCAGAUGGCAGGACCGCCGCCCUUUCCUAUGCACGGAAUGCCGCCCCAGCAAAUGAUGCCGCCCGCUAGUCCGCAAAUGGGCGGCAUGCACGCCCCUCAGGUGCAAAGUGGGAUGCCGCAACCGCCCAGUCAACCGGGCGGACUUAAUCAGCCGCCCAAUCAGCAUGGCCCCCCAGGAUUUCCCCCUAUGGUCGAUCAGGAGAACAUGAUGAGGUUUCAGCAAGGCCUUCCUUCAUUCAACAUGCCACAACCACCAACGUCAGCGGUAUUUCCCAACGGGGGACCCAUGUCUCAAACCAGUAUACAGGGCGGCCCUAACCAGCCCCCCCAUUUCGUCAAUUCCAGCACGCAUAUUAUGCAUUAAAAAAAAACGCAUGAAAAUAUUAAGAAAAGAAAGAUUUAUUAAAAUACAUUGAAAAGGCACUGAGAGAGAGGUGUAUAUAUUUUAUAGAGCUAAAGUCCAUUGUUGCAAUUUAUGAUUAUUAUUAUUUAUCGGAAAAGUUUUACAUUUUAUUUUGUGUGAAAAAAUGUGAUUUUUAGUGGUUAAUAUUAUGACCAUUGUGGACGUUUAAGGCUUUUUUGGAAUGUAAAAUAAAGACUAUGGCACCAAAAAGUAACGCUCGGAAUUAUUUAGUUGCGGAGAAAAAAGAAACGUGUUAUUUUUUUGCUAUUUAAUUAAUACUAUCCCAUAUAAAUAAAUAAAUAAAUGUAGGAGGAUACAAAGUGUAUAUUUAUUAAAAUUAGUUCUUUUUUUUUUUGUUCUGUAUAAAUAUUAUUACUGAAAUAAAAGUUAUAUUUAUGAAAAUGCGUUUGUUA